AUGGAAUCUACAAAAAACAUGUUUUGUUCGUCUCCACUUUUUCCUCCAAGAAUUCACCCCUGGAACACUCUUCCUUCAUCUUCUUAUACUUCUGUUUUGAUGCUCCGGGAACAAGUUGCGCCAACGGUCACCUCAUGGUGUACUAGUUUUUCGGCUCAGAAUUUUCCUGCUUCAGUUCUUUUACAAGAUCAGUGUAAUGAGUAUAGGCCUCUAUUACAUAUUUCAAAGAAAGACAAGGCAUGUCAGGCAACAUUAAAUACAAGGCAGAUGGAUAUGGUCUCGGUUCAAGAAGAGAACGACACUGGCAAUGCUGUUCAAGUAGAACAUGACUUCAGGAAGCACCUCUUGCCUCGUUUAGAGAACUUAUUAACUUCCUCACGAACAGAAGCGGAUGCUUCUUCAACUGUACAGAAUGCAGAUAGUUUGCAAUGUAAUGCAGUUUCUCUUACUUGGAAAGCUUUUCCUUCCUCAAAACAAGCUUCCUCGAUAGCCGAAGACUUGAGUUCAAUUAAAGCUGACGAGGACGCUGACAAUUCAAUUUCUUCUGGUCUAGCCUCUGCCAGUUUGGCCGAACCUUCACUUGGAAGAAAUAAAACUGUAAGAUCAACGCGGCAUCGAGAGAGACGGGCUAAAGAGAGAAAGGUACCAAAAUCGAAAGUUCAAGACAGAGAAACUUACCUUACAGGAAAGGAUGCUGCACAGGAAAAGCUUCAUGUACAGAAGAAGAUAAAUAAAGGGUCGAAUCAAAAGGAUCCCUUGAACUUGUUCUUGCAGAGUCCUGAAUCAAAACAACUUUUGACUUUUGAACAAGAGUCUCAGUUGGUUGCUCAGAUACAGGACCUAAUGAGAUUGGAAGAUUUGAAGACUAGUCUUCAAUCUCAAUUUGGAAGGGAAACAACUAUGGCUGAAUGGGCUGAGAGUGCAGGGCUUAACAUUCGGAGACUUAAGGCCCAACUUCGUCAUGGUACAAGAAGCAGAGAAAAAUUGAUUCAAGCAAAUUUACGGUUGGUACACUACGUAGCUAAAAGUUACCAAGGACGUGGUCUCAGCCUUGAGGACUUAUUGCAGGAGGGAAGCACAGGUCUCAUAAAGAGUGUUAAAAAAUUUACACCCCAAUCCGGGUGCCGAUUUGCUAGUUAUGCAUACUGGUGGAUAAAACAAGCAAUGAGGAAGGCCGUAUAUCAUCAUUCUAGGACAAUCCGUCUACCGGAGAAGGUAUAUAACAAACUUAGCAAAGUAUUGGAGGCAAAGAAAUUGUACAUGGAAGAGGGAAAUCUUAACCCGAGCAGAAAAGAAUUAGCAAGAAGGGUAGGAAUUGCAGCAGAAAAGGUUGACAGUUUGCUAUUUGUUGCAAGAAUUCCGAUUUCUAUGCAGAGAACUGUGGGAGCUGAGACUGAUACAACUUUUCAGGAGAUUAUUGCUGACACUGCAAUCGAGAGCCCGGACAUGAGUGUUUCAAAACAGCUUAUGAAACGACAUGUGCUCAACAUUUUAAAACUCUUACGCCCUAAAGAGAGAAGGAUAAUUCGGCUACGAUUUGGUUUUGAAGAUGGAGAAGAGAGAUCUUUAUCAGAAAUCGGGGAAAUAUUAGGUUUAUCUAGGGAAAGGAUCCGUCAGUUGGAGAGUCGGGCACUCUACAAGCUCAAGAAGUGUCUUGUUGGUCAAGGACUCGAGGCCUAUGCAGACUUGCUUAUAUAG